AUGCCGCUCUCGGUGCAGGAGCUGCUGGCGAAGAAGGCCGCGGCGGACGGAGCAAGCCGGCCACGGUUCGUGUCGAAGAAGGAGCGCGAGGCACAGCGCGAGCAGGAGAAGGAGGCCGAGGCCGCCGCCGAGCUUGAACGCCUCCAGCGCACGAAACGGGCGCGUCACGAGUGGGAGGCGCAGGCGGCGCGCGUCGCGGAGCAGCCGGCCGCGCCAGAGAAGCCCAAGGAGGAGGCGAAGCAUGAAUCACCCGCACCCGAGGCGCGGGGGGAUACGCCUGACGCGCCCGACACCGAAUCGAGCGCCAUCAAGCAACGGUACCUCGGCGUGCGCCCGGACCGCAAGACGGGGCGCAAGAAGCGGUCCAACGACCCGUCGAAGCGCUUCAACUUUGAGUGGGAUCAGGAGGAAGAUACGAGCGAUCUGCAGCAGCUCGCCUACGUCCCGGCACAGACGGGGCUGCUCGCGGGACGCGCUGGCCUCGACGGCUCGGAGCGCGCUGGGAGCAGCCGGCGCACGGCGCUCAAGUCGACACUCGACGAAAAGCACUGGACGGAGAAGCCGCUCAGCGAGAUGAAGGCGCGCGACUGGCGCAUCUUCCGCGAGGACUAUGGGAUCGUGGCCAAGGGCGGGCACAUUCCCCACCCCCUGCGCUCCUGGCGCGAGUCUGCGAUUUCCCCCGCGGUGCUCGAGGCGAUCGAGGAGAUUGGGUACAAGGAGCCGUCGCCGAUCCAGCGGCAGGCCAUCCCCAUUGGCCUCGAGAACCGCGACCUGAUCGGUAUUGCCGAGACGGGUUCGGGCAAAACGGCGUCGUUUGUUAUUCCCAUGCUGUCCUACGUUGCGCGGCUCCCCCGCCUGACCGAGGAGAAUGCGCACCUCGGCCCCUAUGCGCUGAUCAUGUCGCCUACGCGUGAGCUGGCGCAGCAGAUCGAGGCCGAGGCACGCAAGCUCGUCUCGCGUCUCGGCUUCAACGUCGUGUCGGUCGUCGGUGGCCGCGACAUUACCGAGCAGGCCUUUUAUCUGCAGCGCGGCGCGGAAAUCGUCAUUGCGACACCCGGUCGUCUAAAAGAUUUGAUCGAGCAGCGCAUCGUGAUGCUGGGGCAGUGCACCUACCUCGUGAUGGACGAGGCGGACCGUAUGGUGGAUAUGAACUACGAGGCGGAGCUGGACUAUAUUCUCGGCAGCCUGCCGAGCGGCUCGAUGAAGCCGGAUGGCGAGGCAGCCGAGCAGCCGCUCGCGCACCUCCCCGACGCGAAUCAGUACCGCGUGACGAUGCUGUACUCUGCGACCAUGCCGCCGUACGUCGAAAAGAUCGCACGGACCUAUUUGCGGCGCCCCGCGACGGUGAUUAUCGGCAACGCCGGCCAGGCCGUCGGCACCGUCGAACAGCAGGUCGAAUUUGUGGAAGGCGAGGAGAAGCGCAAAAAGCGCCUGCUGGCUGUGCUGGACUCUGGUCUGGCGCCCCCCAUGAUUGUCUUUGUGAACCAAAAGACGACCGCCGAUAUGAUUGGCCGCGACUUGAGGCGUGCUGGUUGGCACGUAGCCGUGCUCCAUUCCGGUCUGUCGCAGUCGCAGCGCGAGGCGGCGAUCGGCUCGCUGCGCGACGGCCGCAACGAGGUGCUGUGCUGUACCGACAUUGGUGCGCGUGGUAUCGACCUCCCCGACGUCUCGCUCGUGGUCAACUACCAGUUCCCGACCAACUUUUCGUCGUACAUCCACCGCAUUGGACGUACGGGUCGUGCAGGCAAGCAGGGCCGCGCCGUGUCCUUCCUCGACGAGGACGACGCGGAGCACUUUUUCGAGCUCAAGCAAGAGAUCAGCAAGUCGCCUGUGUCGCAACUCCCUGCCGAGCUUGCGCGGCACCCUGCGGCACAGACAAAACCGAGUGCAAAAUAG